CACGCUAGAAACCACCAAAGGUCUGUCCGAAAUAACAUGAGAUGAAAUAGACGAGGAGUCACAGAUAUCAAUGGUUUCCAUCCUAGUGAUACUCCGGACACCGAGUCACGCUUGACUUGACGAAACCUGUCGAGAUUCAUUGAGUGAACAGGGAAAAGAAGAAUGGUUAAAAAGCUGGCGCUGGUGUGACUUCUAAGUCGCAUUAAUAAAACGAAGCCAUCAUCUGCGUUUCCCUCCCUCGUUCUUGGCCCCCCGUUUCCUCAUCCUGUGCAGGGAGAAUAACUUCGAGAGCAACACCCAAGCCGAUACGCCAUCGACAACCCACUUUAAGGAACCACGAGAAGAUGAUGCAAUUGAUCCCGCUCCUAUUUCUUCCCUUUUCCGCCUUCGCGGCCGACGCCGGCAACCCAGGCGAUCCUGGCCUUGCCCCCAACACGAUGCCUGCGGUCUCGCCGGAAUUCGACUUCGACAACGUCGUCGAGAAGGGGCUCCGGGAGCAUCUCCCCCUCACCUCAUCUACCUUCAAGGUCUGGGAUAACGGGAUGAUCCCCCAAGACUGCAAGCAUCACGUCGAGAGCUACGGCUACAGGGCUACUGAUUUCGAGGUCGUUGAGGUCACAUAUGCCGAUUGCGAGAAACCGUGGAUUAUGUGCCGCCUGAAAGGCUCCAAAACCGACAACACUCGCAUGGCCGAGACGUUUGGCCGGAUGCCCAUCGGCAUGCGUGAGCUCGUCAAGCACGUUAUGAUCAUGGAGUUCGACAAGAUGAAGCCCGCCGCAGCUUACUCGGUGGCCGACAUAAUCGCAAUCUCUGAUGAAUUCUAUAUGCAUCAUAUAUUCACUCACGAGUUGUCCCACUCGCUCGAUUCGCACAUCGAGGUGCCGGGCGUCACUCCUCCCAACAGUGGCGGCUUCAGCUCCACUAAAGCCUGGAAGGAUAUGUUCGAUGAAGAUACGGCGGCUAUAUCCGAGUACGGGCGUAGCGGAUGGCCAGAGAACCUUGCUGAUUCUGGUGUCGUUGCGCUCUUCGACAUUGUGGUACCCGGCGGUGCCGGCACCAUCAACCCUAACUGGACCAGCUGCUUCCACCAGUACGCCAACUACAAAACGGCUUACGGUCACGUCGUAACACCGGGAGUCAAGCUGAACUGCACGAAACGUGUCGAUGACUCGCCUAUCGUCCAGGCAGGCGACGGGAAAAGCAACGGCAACACCACUGACGAAGGCGGGGACUCCAGUGACAGUGAUGGCAACAAGGGUGGCUGCCAUAACGGCACCCAUGCACGCGUCGGGAUUCCGACGCGGCGGAUCUCCCGUCCGCGGCCUCUUGCGGGCAUUAAGGCGGUCCACUCAGGAAUCUUCCACAACGUCACCUUCGUUCACCGGGUACAGUGACGCAUUCGAUUUGAGUUCGAGCGGGCAGCGGAUCUGCAGGAGUGCACGCUAUGGAGAUGAGCGGCCAUGGUCCAGGGCAGAAGGCGGACACAUAAUUCCCGCCCUAGCCUGACAACUCAGGGGCAUAGGACAGGACACCGCUCUUUCGACGUAGGAUCCCUUUAUGCACUCUGUAAUGAGAGAAAGCGCUUAGAAGGCU